UUAACAUCGAUCGCGGGCCAAUGUGUUAUCAACGUCAAAACGGAUCUUCCCUAUCCGGAACCAGUGUUCAUGCGUAAUAACAAUCUUUGGACACCAAAUGAUGGAAAACUGAUUUGGGGAUUAGCAGAAUCAAACUUAAUAAGCUGUCCCAGAAGUGGCGUAGCCAAUAGCACCUUAGAAACAACGCUUUUAACAUGUGUCACCGGAAACUUAUACAUUCUAAACGGCGAUCUUGUCAACAUAUCGCAAGUUGUUUGCUCGCGGCCAAUUACGGGCGAACACCAGCUUACUAAUAAAGUGUGCGGCAAUAACGGAACCAUUCGUAACAUCGGAUUCCAAAUUGAUGCACUAGGAUUUGUAAAACAUUUCGAAGUUUGUUACAACGUACCAACUGCUUCCGUUGUGUACACCAAACACAUGAUACAUGGGGAUUCAAUCCUAGAUGCUAUAGUGGAGUCGUAUCGUCCUUCUUUUAAAGUUUCGGGAAUGCCGAGCGGUACAGCGCCAGAUACUGCAUAUACCAUAAGAUCCCAGUUAGCACGGUUGACACAAUUGCUCGGAUCUUCCGAGCAGGCUGCUAAGUUUGUUUCUAGUUUAUCUUACAUUGCUCGUGGACACAUGACUCCAGACGCUGACGGUAUUUUUAGAACCUGGCAGUGGGAUACUUACUUCUACAUAAAUGUCGCUCCUCAGUGGCAAAAGGUUAAUGGUGGAAAUUGGUUAGCUAUUGAAAAGCUGGGACGUACCGUUGCCGAUCAAAUGCAACAUGAUAUAAUCGUCUAUACAGGAACAUACGAUGUGCUAACAUUGCCCCACGUUAAUGGGACCAUGGUGCCGAUUACACUAAGUGCAUCUGGCAUAGAAGUUCCUAAAUGGACUUGGAAGAUCCUUAAAUCGACGGUUACGAGUGCAGCGAUUGCAUUCGUUACAAAUAAUAAUCCUUAUCGUACAUCAAUCAGUGAUGAUGAGUUCCUUUGCCCCGACAUUUGUAAGCAAGCCGGUUGGUACACGACGUCGUUCGAUAUUUUCUCAAAAGGUUUCACUUACUGUUGCACGGUUAAUAGUUUAGCCGCAACCGUAAAAACUAUCCCCGAAGAUGCCCAUACAAUAAAUAUUCUAACAAACAAAUAAAUUUGAGCUGUCUA